AUGAAUUCGCGACAGCGCGGGUUCGACACGUUUUACGACGACCAGGUCGCAGCCCGUCGGCAAUUCUACGCGCGGCGAGAGACUGCUGUCAAUCGCAUCAACGACGUCGCCGUUCUCGUCACCGUCGCCGCCCUUGCGGUGACUUUGCUAGCCAAGUUCUACAGCCCCGACGGAUCGCUUGAGGGCAUCUUCUCGCUGCUCGGCAACUUUCUAUGGGACGCCCUGGUGUUUCUCACACCUGCGCCGCUGCUUUUCGCCCUUGACAACUGGAUGGACUCCUCCACGACGCGGCCGAUGCGCGAUACUACGAAUCAGAGCAAUCAUGCUGCGAAGAGCGAGGCGAUGCGGAGGGUCAUGGGGCUGGACCGUCAAGAUGGCGUCAUGAACUCGGUGCUUCGCGCCAGAACAAGAGCGCUGUCCAUGACGGGGAGCGUCUUGGGCCUCAAGACGGACUCUGACCGGCCGGCAGGACUCGGGAAUCGGGAUAAUUCGUGCUACCAGAACAGCGUCCUGCAGGGACUGGCUUCUCUGCAGUCGAUGCCUGAUUACCUCUCCGCGUGCCUCAAGGGCCUGGAAGAGGCAGGUCAUGGAGCCGAUGGGAAUGUAGCUCAUACGCUGCGCGCACUCAUUGCAGAUCUCAACGACGUUUCGAACAAUGGGAAAACGCUUUGGACGCCUUCUGUGCUCAAAUCGAUGAACACGUGGACGCAACAAGACGCCCAAGAGUACUACAGCAAAGUCCUGGACGAUGUCGAAAAGGCAGCGGCGUUGGCAGCUAAGAAGCUAGCUUCCGAGAAGCUCGCGGGAUUGGAGGGUGGCGACGUCAACAACACGGAUGAAGGCUCUACCAGUGAGCACAGCGACGACAGUGGCUAUCACAGCCAACUAUCAAGCUCUAUAGCGGACUCAAAAAGAAUGCUACGGAAUCCCUUGGAGGGUCUUCAGGCUCAGCGAGUGGCCUGCGUGCAAUGCGGCCAUUCAGAAGGGCUGUCAAUGAUCCCUUUCAACUGUCUGACUCUCAGCCUUGGUCUCGACAAGAACCACCACGAUCUGUACGAACGACUGGAUGCAUACAGCAAGCUCGAGGCUAUUGAGGGAGUAGAGUGCGCGAAAUGCACCCUGCUGAAAGCACAGAGACUCCUCACUAAGCUUGUGGAGAGAAUGCGAUCAGAGGGCGCGACCGACGAUAAGCUGGCCGAGCCCCUGCGGAGGCUGGAAGCCGUCCAACUGGCUCUUGAGGAAGACCAAUUCGACGAAGAGACGAUCAAAGAUCGCUGCAAAAUAGCAGCACAAAGCCGAGUCAACGUGACGAAGACGAAGCAGAUUGUAGUCGCGCGGCCGCCUCAGAGUCUGGCGAUCCACGUGAACCGAUCCGUCUUUGAUCCGUCAACCUUUAACAUGAUCAAGAAUUCUGCGCCCGUCAGCUUUCCAAUGACGCUAGACCUGGGUCCGUGGUGCCUGGGAAGUGCAGGACCAGUCAAAUCCUCGAGCAAGGAGACUGCAGAUGUCAAGAAGGGGAAAGGCGUGGAGGAGCGCUGGCCACUGGAGCCCAUGUCGUCCAUGGUUGCGGGGGAUAUGGGAGAAUCGAGGCUGACAGGGCCAAUCUACGAGCUGAGAGCGGUUGUGACACAUUAUGGACGGCACGAGAACGGACAUUAUAUAUGCUAUCGCAAGUAUCCGCCGCUCACAUCGCCGAGUGUCGGUCACGCAGGCGGCAAGCCAGCAGAGCCAAGCGCGGACGAGACAACGACGACGGAUGAGAAGCCCAGCUACACUGACAGAGACUCGACAUGGUGGAGGCUCAGCGAUCAUAACGUGUCGCCAGUCAACGAAGAGACUGUCAUGAGUCUAUCGCCCGGGGUGUUCAUGCUCUUCUACGAGUGCGUCGACGCCUCCAUGAUAUUACAUUGCGAGGAAGAAAACGAGGCUACAACACCUGCGAGCAUCGCCUCACAGGCCGCGACGAAGCAGGAUGAAGGGUCCAGUGUUUUGCUGGGACGUUGA